AUGCGCGCUCGCCUGCGCCCCGGCCGCCCGGGCCCCGCCGUCGCCGCCGCCACGUGCGGUAGACCAACCUAUAUGGACACUUCUUGUGGUGGGCAUGCAGCUUCUGAAAAAUAUGAUGAGGAGCCUAACAAUUUGAUGAGAACUGAGGGAAGCCAUUCCUGUGAAAACAAUAAUAAUGAAAUUGAGAAAUUCUGGGUACUUCACCUGAAGACACUUGCUUCGAUGCUUGAUGUGUUAGAGAAUAUCAUUCCUCUGAUGGAGAACUGCAAGUUGACAGCCAAUGCUGCAGAAAACGAGAAGACAAUGAAGGGUUUACUGGGUUCUUACUACACUGUGAUGGAAAAGCUGUUUGUAAUCAGUGGUGGUAUCUUUCUCUCGUAUGCAUACUUCCUCGCCCAAAAGCCGCAAGGGAGCGUCGAAGGAAUUUGGAUGGCCAUAUUCAUAGGAAUCUUCAUAGCAUCACUAAGCAAUUUCAUUCUGUUAAUCCAUGCUUCAUACUUGAAAGAGAGGGGAUCCAUUGACGGCUGUGAGCCUAGAAUCCUUAAAUGGCUGCUGCUUUUAGUGCUGGCAUUCUUUUAUGCAGUAUUUUGUAUCCUAAUGCGGGCUUUUGCAAAUGCCUCCAACUUGGUUUUAUGGCUCAUCGGAAUCAUAGGCGUCUGCUCAAUAGUGCUCGGUUGGGUUUGGUUCUUUUACACAAAGUGGCCGAAGGUUCUCGAAGAAAUUGGGAUGUCUGAGUCUCUGAGACCGCUGGCUCUGCCUCCAGACAGGCCAACCGGCAUGUGCGCAAUUGAAGUCCUGCUAGUUUACAUUAAAAAGGAAAAAAAGAAAAAUGUAGAGUCCGGAAAGAUUUGA